AUGAAAUUCAUCCUGUACGAAGCGGUCGAUCCAGGAGAAGCGGUCAAUCUUGACCAAGUCCAUGUCCAAACAGGAGAUCCACAGGAUAACGACUCGGAGGAGACUUAUCUCGAAGCCAAGGAGGAUUCCGACCAUGAAGCCGAGGAGGCCGAGGAGCGCGAUGAUGUCUCCUUCUUGAAAGUUCCCGAAACCAUGUUUGCCGAUGGAUCUACCGUCAUCGUUGCCCAGGCUCAAGCGUAG